AGGAUGGGGCUGUUCCGAGCGCUGCCACUGCCGCUGCUGCUGCUGCUGCUGCUGCUCCUGGGGCUGGCCGGAGCCUCCACGCCGGGGCCACACAGAUCCACGACGGGACGGGAGGGACCCACGGUGGGAUGGGACGGAUCCACGGUGUCCUCGCUGGGAGUCCGGUCCGUGAGCUACGGGGAUGCGGUGGCGGCGGCCGUGGAGCUGCUAAACGCCAGGGCCGUCAGUCCCCAUGUGCUGCGGCUCCGGGAGGCUCAGCCCCGGCCCGGCUGGCCCUCGGACCUGCAGAGCCGGCGGGAGCUGAGCUUCACCCUGGAGGAAACCACGUGCCGGACACCGGGAAUGGACAGCGGCAACUGCAAGAGCCGCUGGCUCGGGGCGGUGACCUGGUGCCAGGGCUUCAUUUUCCUGGAGCAGCAGCAGCCCACGGUGGAGCUCUCCUGCCAGAAGACUCCGGCCGCGUUCAGCAGGAUCCGGAAAUCCAAGAUCAAGGAUUUCUUUGGSAAGAUCAAGGAGCGUGUCCGGGGCUUCUUCCAAUGCGGCCGYAUUUGGAUCCGGGACAAGCUCAACCUCAAGGCAGCCAAACCCUGAGAGGACACUGCUGUGUCCCCACCCUGGGUACCAACCCUGUGUCCCCA